UGGGUAAACAUGACAGAAAGGGUGAAUAGCAAGAUGGCGGUGAGAACAUACGGUCAAAAACCGAGUUCUUUUCAGUUAGGAGAUGGAGAACACUACAUGAUCGGAUCCGAAGUUGGAAACUUCCUUCGAAUGUUCAGGGGUUCUUUAUACAAAAAGUACCCUUCGUUGUGGCGAAGACUUGCGACACUCGAUGAACGAAAGCAAAUUGUACAGCUGGGUCUAGGACACAACAGCAUCGCUACAAAUGUCACGUUACUGAAAUCUCAUGAAGUGGACGAAAUCCUUGAAGGGAAAGAUGAAAAGUAUAAAGUUUCUACGGAGACAGCCGAGGCAACGGCGCGGAACCCGAGUUCUAAGUCAAAACGAGGAAGCCAACCGACAUGGGCACCACAAACGUUGUUUUCUAGUAACUCUUUUCAUCUCGAUGCUGUGCCCUGCUCCUCAACAGUGAACAGGAAUCGGAUAGGACCGAAAAGGAUCAAAACCUUUCCUACGUGCUAUGAUGACCAUGAUAUGGCGGCCAUCCAUGAAGCAGCAAGUCAACCUGAAGUCUUGGUACCUAUCAGACUUGAUAUAGACAUUGAUGGGCAGAAACUCAGAGAUACAUUCACAUGGAACAAGAAUGAGACGCUGAUCUCGCCAGAAGUGUUUGCUGAAGUGCUGUGUGAUGAUCUUGAUUUACCACCAGCAUCUUUUGUGCCUGCUGUAGUCCAGGCUAUAAGACAGCAGAUUAAACAGUUUGACACAGAUUCUGAGAUAACAGUGGAUAAACAAUCAGAUCAGAGGGUUAUAAUCAAGCUUAAUAUCCAUGUGGGUAACAUUUCAUUAAUGGAUCAGUUUGAGUGGGAUUUGUCUGAACCGCUAAACACUCCUGAAGAAUUUGCCCUCAGCCUGUGUUCUGAUUUGGGGCUCGGUGGCGAGUUUGCCACAGCCAUUGCGUACAGCAUUCGUGGUCAACUAAGUUGGCAUUCAAAAACAUAUGCCUUCAGUGAAGCGCCAUUACCGACUAUAGAGACACCCAUUAGAUCAGGUACAGAUGUCGAUAACUGGGGUCCUUACCUCGAGACACUGACCGACGCCGAGAUGGAGAAGAAACUGCGUGACCAGGACAGGAAUACCAGGUUUGUACUUUUGUCUGCUUUGGGCUUUUCUUGCUGGCCAGUAAAUCAUUAUAAUCGUUUGCAAUCAUCCAAAUAUAAAAAUAUGCUCUGCGUAAUUCCUUAA